ACAUUCAGCUGCUCUCAGUGUGGGAACAGAUUUGGCCGCAAGACACAUCUGAAGAGACACAUGAUUACUCACACAGGGGAGAAACCUUUUAGAUGUUCAGUCUGUAAGAAAUCUUUUACACAAGGUGUACAUUUACAGAAACACAUGAGAAUCCACACAGGAGAGAAGCCUUUCAGCUGCUCUGAGUGUGGUAAAGCUUUAUCUGAUAGUGGAACCCUGAAGACCCACAUGAUGACUCAUUCUGGAGAAAAGCCUUUCAGCUGCAGUGUUUGUAAUACAUCUUUUCGACAGAGUGGAAGUUUACAGUCACAUAUGAGAAUCCACACGGGAGAAAAACCCUUUAGCUGCUCUGAGUGUGGUAGAGCUUUCUCUAUACGUGGAACACUGAAGACCCACAUGAUGACUCAUUCUGGAGAAAAACCUUUCAGCUGCUCAGUCUGUAAGAAAUCUUUUACACAGAGAGGAAGUUUAAGGUCACACAUGGUAGUCCACACAGGAGAAAAAAGAUUCAGCUGCAGUGUUUGUAACAAAAGAUUUGCCUGGCGUUCUCAUGUCAAAAGACAUCAAUGUGUUGGUCAGAUGGAAACAGAAGCUGAUGGAGAGUGUAAUGGGAAAAUUACAUUUCAGAAAGACAAGUUGGAGAAACGGAGGGACGAAGAGGACACAGACUCAACUAUCGGACAGGACCGACUACAUCAGUCACAAGAGUCCAAAAGCUGA